GCCAGGACUGCCAAACAGGGAGGGAUUAAGUACACUGUUUCAAAGUUCACGUCCAUCGCCAUCGUCUAGCUAAGGCUUCUCACAAAAGCCGAGUCAGGUUUAUCACGUCUUCUUUUCAGAGGGUCAUGAGGAGGGAUGUUCGCAUUUUGCUUGUAGGGGAUGAGGGUGUUGGUAAAAGUACCAUUGUCACCUCUCUCAUUAAGGAAGCUUUCGUUGCACAUGUUCAACAUGUCGUUCCGGAGGUCACCAUUCCACCGGAGGUGAACCCAGAGAACGUGACCACUUACAUUGUCGAUUCAGGAGCUGGCCCACAAGACCGACAGCAUCUCGAAUCGGAAGUACGCAAAGCGCAUGUUAUUUGCGUGGUAUACUCAAUCGACAAUCCUCACUCAUUUGAUCGAAUACCUACAUAUUGGCUUCCCUUGUUUCGUCAAUUAGGCGUCAACGUACCUGUAAUCCUCGUCGGAAACAAGAUCGACCUAAGAGGUGGUGAGGUUACUAACGAAGCCCUGGAGGAAGAGAUCAUACCCAUCAUGAAUGAGUUCAAGGAAGUCGAGACAUGCGUUGAAUGCUCCGCUCAACUGCCGCUGAACGUGUCGGAGGUCUUCUACUUUGCCCAGAAAGCGGUCCUGCAUCCCACUGCUCCUCUGUAUGACUCCAGGGAACAUGUCCUGAAACCCGCUUGUGUUAGCGCCCUGAAACGAAUAUUCAAGCUCUGCGAUGCGAACAAGGAUGGUGUUUUGGAUGCUGCAGAGCUGAAUGAAUUCCAACGAAAAUGUUUUGAUGCACCAUUACAGCUCCAGGAACUUGAAGGCAUCAAGGAUAUGGUUCGUGAGCAUGCGGAGGGAGGCGUGCGAGACGAUGGUUUGACAGAGGCUGGAUUUCUAUACCUGCAUACGAUAUUUAUUCAACGCGGAAGGCUGGAGACAACAUGGGCUGUUCUCCGCAAAUUUGGUUAUGCAGAAGACCUGCGACUCACUGAGUCAUUCCUACUCCCAAAAUUCGACGUGCCCCAUGACUGUUCUGUUGAACUGAGUCCUCAAGGAUAUCAAUUCUUCACUGAUAUCUUUGAAACUUUCGACAAGGAUCAAGAUGGUGCACUCAACAGCGCAGAACUGGAAGAACUGUUCAGUACAUCCCCAGGGAAUCCAUGGGAAACUCAGAAAUUCCCGGAUACGACCCUGGUGGAUGAUAAAGGUGCGGUCACUCUGCAAGGCUGGCUCGCUCAAUGGAGUAUGACUACUCUCUUAGAUCAUAAAACCACUCUCGCAUACCUUGCCUAUCUUGGAUACCCCGAUGAACAACGCACAUCUGCAUUACUGACAACACGUCCCCGCAAACUUGACCGGCGGAAAGGCAAAGUCUCCCGCAAUGUUUUCCUAUGUUAUGUUUGCGGUGCGGCUGGUUCAGGCAAGACGUCUUUACUGCGGUCAUUCGCUGGGAAGCCAUUUCGCGACGCCUACGAGCCAACUAGUAAGAUGGUGAGCGUAGUUAAUGCCGUGGAUAUUGAUGGUUCAGAAAAGUACCUCGUGCUCCAGGAAUUUGGGUCUAAAUACGAGGCAGAGACGCUUCGCGCGUCGAAGAAGACGGAUCUUGCUGACGUCAUUGUCUACGUACAUGAUUCCAGUGAUACUAACUCGUUCUCUUACAUCAGUAAUCUACGACAACAAUACACUCUCGAUCAUACACCGACCCUAUUCGUUGCGACAAAGUCGGACUUGGAUCUUGCACAACAAAGACACGAAGUUCAGCCCGACGUAUACUGCAGACGGCUUGGCCUCCAGGUGCCUGUCGCUGUCAGCGUCAAAACGGGACAGACCGCAGACGUCUUCCAUGCAAUAUGCAGCAUUGCCAUGAAUCCUCACGCGGCAAUACCCGGAGGGGCAGAUCGUGCGAUGACAGCCUCGGAGCGGGUGCGUGUUUACGUGGCAUUUACUGCACUACUGGGGGGCGUCAGUGCGGGUCUCGUAAUGCUCUACAGGAGUCUCUUACGACAAGAGAUUCUUCCUAGUUGGACAACACCUUGGGCUACAUGGUUAUUGGGCAGGCGGGAUCCUUGAUUAUUUUCGCAUAUUGCAUAUAUCUACUUUAUAGAGUUAUACACAGUCGAACUCGUGCGGGGAAUUCUAGAUUAGUGACCUGGGCGCUGGGUUUAGUUAUACAGCA